AUGGUUGCAGAAACUCCCCUUUGGAGAAAUGGCCCCCCUGAGAAACCUGUAUUGUGCAAUGCAUGUGGAUCAAGGUGGAGGAUUAGGGGGACUCUUGAAGACUAUAUUCCCAAGCAUGCUCUUGCUGUUAUGACUAGCCAUGCCAGAGACAGGACUCAAAAUCCUCAUCAACAUAAGUUACCUCUUGAGAGAACACUUGUGAGUCACCCCAAUAUUAUGGUUCAUAAUGAAAGCCACUCAGAUACUAAAGAGAAUGCUAUAAGAUAUGAUGACCCAUAUUCAAGUGGUUUGGGAGAUAACGCAAGCCAUAGAAGUAGUUCGGGGUCCUCUUCAAUAUCAUGCUCUGAUCAUAGCCACACGGAGCUGCUGAGUUCAAUCCCCUGCUCAAAUAAUUGGAACUCUAGCGUUCCAUCGAGAAAAAGGUCACUGGUUCAAUACCGUAAUCUAACAUUUGUUGAAAAACUCCAGAAGGACCUUUAUGAUAUUCUACAAAAUGAAGAGCCUUCUACUUUGUCUGAGUGCCCAGAUGGGAAUCUCAUCUAUUAUGAAAAUGGUGGUAAUCCUGAAAUCGGUCUGGGAGUGCUUCUGCUAAAACCGCCUAUCGUUUUGGCUCAGCAAGAAUCUAAGACAUUUAAAAGUGAAGGAAAUAACAAAGGAGAUGGAGAGGUUCCAUUAAGAGUCGAGUACUUAGCUGCUGGAUUUUAG